AUGUUGCAGCUAAUUGUUGGGAGUAACGAGGAGUCUGCUGCGCUUGAGCUUUCUGACUGCCCUGAUACUGAUGUUGUUGAUGUGGUGUCUUUACUUGAUAGUCAGAGGGAACUGACCCCCGAGGAACGAUGCACGGUGAACAACCUGGCCUUCAGCUGGGAUCUUCCUCCCAUCAAUGUUGACAACCGGAGGUGGUUGGCAGAGAAAAUGCAACAGAUUGCGGUCAUUGAACGGAGACGAACACAAAUAAAGCAGCUACGCAGAGGGCUGAAAGACUGCAGUGUUUUCUACAUGAUCAAAGAGCGUCCUGCCCUAGCCCAGGUCCUUUUUCCAAGAUCUGCAGAGCAAGUUAUGGAUUCGCAGACCAUCUUGAAAAGGAUCAUCUGGCCAAUGCCCGAUAGUGACAAUGAGGAUGACCACAGCAGCGUGGAGGAGACAUGCCUGCUCACAGGCUUUUUGAGAGACUACAUUGAAAAUGGGUCUUCUCGGGAACUCAACCAACUCCUGAAGUUUUGGACAGGUUGGAGUAUACCUCCCCAGCACCUGUAUGUUGAAGUUUCCAAUGGAAUUACCCUGCCUGUAGCCUCAACGUGCCUCACAACGCUGAAACUGCCUCUGAAGUGCCCAAAUUACCACUCAUUCAAAGUGAACCUCGACGCAUCUGUUGGAAGUACUGAGUUUGGCUUUGGAAUGAUCUGAUUUGGAAAAACUUACCCCUGCUUUUACGUUUCAAUGUUCGUAUUUAUUUGAAACUCAUUUCAGACUCCCAGUUGUGCAAGUUAAUGUUCGUUUUUUUUUUUAUAUACUAUUGGCUUUCAGUUAGCCACAAGGCAUUACCUCUGUUUGCCGAAA